UUCCGGAGAGACGGGCUCUAGCUGACCAGGCUGCAGGCCGGGGCUGGCUCCCUUUCCCGCCGCAUCCGGACGGGAAACGGGGGCCUUGGGCCCUCGGCCUGGGCUCCAGCGUGGUGCGGAAUAGCCGAAGGCCCUGCUAGUCUGGGGAGGGGAGUGGAGGUGCCUUUCGCGGCCGGCAAAGCUCCCUGCCAGAAGCUUCCGCGCGAGGGUUGUCGGCCAAGGGUUGGGGGUCGAAGCAGCAGGCAUUUUGCUGACAGUUGUGGGGAAAGGGUGGCUGCGGUAGGUGUACAACUGGCGCAACCUCUAAUAACAGCGUUUUCCUCAGACUCCUGGGGGAAGGCUUUGGGCUACUCUUACCUUGCAAACACUGUUCGAAAGCUCCUCUUUCUCUUCCUAAACAGCCCAGCCUUUGUGUUCCAAUAACCUGAAACUUGCAAUUCUUCCCUUUUACCAAAACCAAACCCAUAACCAUUGAGUCGAUUCCGACUCAUAGCGACCCUCUAUUUGAAGGCCACCAAAGUCGGAAAACUGUUCAAGUGCGCCUCUAGAGGCCAGGCUGAAAUUGCCACGCCGGUUUGAAUGGGAAACAUUGUAGGAGCUGGGAAGCCAUUCCAGAGACCAGUGGAGGUGGGAGGGACGAUUUAAUCCAAAGAGAACCUCCCCUACUUAAAGGAGGCUGGCUCUGAAGACAUCCGAAGCCAAGGGAAGGCUUCCUAUUAGGGAAAGCGUGGGUGGCUAAUGCUGCUAAUCCCUUACACGUCCGUUCAUUGGUCACAAUAUCUAGUAAUAUUUACACAGAGAAGUUUGUGAGUUUAUAUUACUAAAUAAACUAACUUUUAGUUUUUCUAGGGGCCCUGUUAUUUGUGAUCACAAUGAAAAAUUUAAGCAGUGAUGAGCUGAUACCUGGCAUACUUCCCAAACUCACCUCAAAAGAAUGGUUGGAACCAAAGCCAGUUUCUUUUAUAGAGGCAUUAGCUAAAGAAGAUAUUGAUGCAGCUAUUCAUUCGAUAUUAUAUAGAGAAAAUUAUGUAAUUAAGGAACUAGAUAAGCAUGUACAACAUCAUGACUUCUUAAAUGCAAGAAGAAAAGAGAUAUUAUAUAAAAGAUGGGUUGACCACGUGGCAGAUCCUCUUCAGAAGAAAAUUAUAGAAAAAGUCUGUUCAUAUAAGAAGAUUAAAAAAAGGAGACAAGAGGAAUUAGAGGGUUUUUUAAAACAUGUAAAUAAAAAGGGAAAUGCAUUUAUAGAACAUUAUGAUCCAAAAGAGUAUGACCCAUUUUAUAUGACCAAAGAGGACCCCAAUUUUCUGAAGGUUAUCAUCCCACCAUUCCGUGACCCUUUGAAAAAGGCACAAUAUGAUAAGGAUGAAGAAAAAAGAACUCUUCUUCAGUGUGAGACUGGCAAAAUAUAUACAAUGAAAGAAUUUAAAGAGGCUGAGAAGGCCAAACUGCAUUCCAGAUUCCCAAGAAUUUCUGACUCAAGGCACUUCAUGACUCCAGUUGAGUGGGUUAAACUGCCUACAAGAUACAUAGAAAGUGAAUUUUGUAAAAGGAGCAGGUUAAAAGUGAAAGUGAAUGUCAGCGAUAGUAGUUUUGAUCUGAAACCCUCAGCAAGAGUACCUCAUCUUCAGGAACCCCAGGAAGAAGGGGAAACAGUUACUUACAAAGUGAGACCUUCCUGCAGAAGGCAUAAUGGACAGUUCUGUGAAGGGGUCACUUACUCAGAGGGACCCUCACUCAGUUGUUUGAUUAAGCAGGAAAAAGACCAGAUAAAAAUAUUAUUUGAGCAAGAAACAAAGAGACAUGCUUUCUGGGAAAGAAACCUCUAUGUUAUCAGGAGAAAAAGAAUUCAAGCCCCAGAGAGGGUGAUUCUGAAGUGUCUUUUCUUCCUUGAACCCCAGCCAGGAGGUAGAAAGGGAUGAGGACCAGGAUGUGGUGAGUAAGAAUUGGGGUUACCCCAUUUUAUAAUAUACAAGAUAGCAAUUGCUAAUACCAAAAUCUGAGCGACUGGGAAAUUCUCUAUAUGACAGGCUUCUGAGAAGAGAGGAGGCAGUGGGAGGGAAAAA